AGUUCCCUGAUUGGGACCUAUUUUGGUUCCAGUCGGGGUACACUUUUUGGUCCAACUUUCUCCAAAUUGAAAUCCGUUUGCACCGUUGCGAUCAGACAGUCGAGCUCUAUCCAACGAUAUACUUUUCAUAAUUAUUUGUAAUACUUUUUCCGACAUCAUAUUUUUGGGUGUUUGACUUUAACAGAGUCAAAAUUGGUUUAAUUGACCUUUCUCAUAAAAGGCUCAAAUGAAUCAAAGAAUCCCUUCUCAGCCUUUUCCAAAUCCAAAAGAAAACAUAAGUGCUGUGGUUUUAAGGAAUAAGAAACAAUUGCCUGAACCUAAGGGUAGGGAUAGGUUUGAGAGUGAGAAAGAAGUACCUAAAGUUGUGAAUCUUGAGUUAGAUGAGGCUACUGUUCCAAACUGCAGUUCUCAUGGGGCUGAAACAGUGGGAGAAACACCUGGGAAUGACACCACAGACCAAGGGGAAAGGGUAGAAGACAUGGUCAGACCUAAAGCUCCCUUCCCGAGAGAUAAGGUUUUACUUUACCAAUCCAAAUUUCAUUUGUUCCCUGGAAAACUAAGAUCUAGGUGGAUAGGUCCUUAUGAAGUGCUUAAAGCUUAUAACCAUGGUGCUGUUGAUAUAAGAAGCCUUGCUACUAACAAAAUUUUUAAAGUAAAUGGCCAUAGGUUGAAGCUUUACAGGGAAGGUGUCCAGACGUCAUUCCGUGGCUCUGCAAAUGCUGUUACAUGGAAGUUUAUUCGUGCUGUAAAGGCUGCAACUGUUCGUGAACGGAAUUGGUAUAUGAAAUUGUUAGAUGAGGAGGAUCUAGCCAUUCAGCCAUAUCUAGCACGCAUUGGAUUUUCGAAGUGGUCUCAGGCAGAAUCAGCAAACAAUCGAUACUCAAUCAUGACAUCAAACAACGUUGAGUCAAUGAACAGUGUUGAUGCUUCAGCCUGCGAGUAUCCCAUUGCACAACUUAUUGAUUUCAUAAUUAACAAUCCGCAAGUGAUCGCCGCUGUUAAAGUCACCGGAGGUAGCCACGGUUCUUGCCGGAACUUGCUCCGGAAAGUUGAAAGAAGAAAACAUCCCCUUUGCAAAUCAGCCCACUUCUUCAAACGGUUCGCGAUUUCGUUGAGUAACGAAAGAGAUAUCGCCCGAAAACCGGGGCUGGUACAGUGGUGACGGGAAGCAGCGAGUUUUAUGAUUUCCAACGUUGUUUUCGCUCGCGUUCGUUCAUUGAGCUUCAUAUCGUCGAUUUCCAGGUAUGAGAGAGAAUAAAUAUGGAGCCUAUUU